AUGGAGAUGGCCGUGGACUCCCCAUUGGCCAAUGGUGACUCCGCCCGCGGCGGCGCUGCUGCAGCCGCGCUGCACGCGCGCCUGCCGCAGCUGGCGGAGUCGCUGAAGCUUGAGCAUCAAUUCCUGCGGGUCCCGCUGGAGCACCUCAAGAAGACCAUGAGGACGAACCACCGAGCUGCAGAGAAGGAGAUCUCCGCCGUGUUAUCCAAUGUCGCCGAGCUGUCGUCGGCCUCCGUCCCCGGCGACGAAGACAGCCACCGCAGAUCUCGCGAGGAGGCCGUCCACCAGCUCACCUCUCUUGUCUCCCGUCUCCAGGGCCUCAAGCGCAAGGUCAGUCUUCCCGAUCUCGUCCUUUCUACCUCUUGAAGGACGGUUCUGACAUGCUGUUCCUUCUUUCUUGGGUCAGUUGGAGGAAGGCGGACGGGCGGAGAACCUGCAGGUGCAGAGAUGCAGGGCGCGGCUGAACCACCUGGAUGCGUUGACCCUCGAUAGCCAGGCGGAGUGGAAUAGCAACCGACUGAGACGUGUUCUAGUGGACUACAUGUUGCGGAUGUCGUAUUAUGAAACCGCUGAGAAACUGGCAAAUAUCAGCGGGUUACAGGUUCGGAAUUUUGCCCGUCGUCUCUUUUAAGAUGGGGUUUUAUGAAGUUGAUGGCUGAUUCUUUCAGUUAUCACAGUAAUCGAAGACAUUAAUUUGUGAAUCGUAGUAGGAUGUACGCUGGUAUCAUUGAUCAUUUUGUACCUUCUCCAUUUCAAACUGUCCGACUCUUCUGAGAGAAAUUUUGAAAUUUCUGAUGUGUCGCAUCUCGCACGUUUGAUGAUUGUUGUGCUCUCCUGAAUAUUGCUUUGCUUGACAAAUUGGGCAUUCCUAUUUUAAUCUUUUUCACGUGCAUGCCAGGAACUCGUAGAUAUUGACGUAUUUCUUGAUGCUAAAAGGGUGAUAGACGCUCUUCAAAACGAAGAAGUGGCGCCUGCCUUAGCUUGGUGUGCAGAGAACAAAACCCGAUUGAAAAAAUCCAAGGUAUGUGCCGUGCCCCGAAUGUUCCCUUUUUUAUGUCUUGUGCUGCAGAUUUUUGUGUUACACCCCUCUUUUGUUCAUGAGUGUGCUACGCAAACUAAGCGAGUUUUUACAGAUGUGAACCCUAUUGUCCAGGUGAGGUAAAAGCCAAACUUGAAAAUCAAGUUACCUGACGCUGAUGAUCGAGAGAAAACCAUUAGAUUAUGUGGAGGGAUAGCAUCAUCAUACAGAGGGGACCAUUCACCUGAUUUUCUUUUUGUUAGUGUAGAACUAUUCUUUGCCCUCUGUCUUGGAGAAGAAAAACAUAUGGCCUUAUCCCGGUUCCGAUUGGAAUUGGUAGUAGACAUUCUGGCUCCCAGGAGGAAAGGCCAAUCCGUAUUCACUUCUCUCCCAUUAGAAGUAAAGAACUGCCUUGGAUGGAUCAAUCAGUUCACUAAUUCCUACCAGAUUGGCGUGUUCCAUGUCAACCAUCGUGAUUCAAAAUCAAUCCAGACUUUUCUGAAGGCCUUUGAACAUUUUCAAAAUCUACUACUACAUGCAGUAGGAGAAGGAAAGAGAUGGAACUGCUGUUCCAGGGUCCCAUUAUUGUCAACCCCUUCACCAUUUCUAUGCCUCUAGUUCCUUCUCUACUCUCCAUUCUUCAUCUUCAUGAGUCUAAGCUGCAUCCUCAAUUUCUUAGUAGAUCUUUUUCCUCCUCUCUUUUGGUCCUUUCUUUCAAUUUUCCUCUUUGUUCUAUUACAUAUGAAGCCACUACCCAGCAGCUUCAUGGAGAUCGACUGGAGUUGAGGUGCAGGAUGAAAGUGCCUGGUCUGUGUUUCAUAGAAACUCAUAUAUUUUGUAUUUUUAAAAAAAAAUAGUGAAAAAGGCAUAAUCAAAUGUUGAAAGAGAUUUUCUUUUCUUUUGAUGGAAUUAGUUCUUUUUCUUUCUUUUGGAUGCAAAGUAAAUAAUCACGGUUACGUUUCCAAUCCCUUGACUAAAUGCUAAAUGACUCCUUUGUCUACGGAGUAGUGUGAGAAGAAAGGGCGUGGUGAAAGCAGAUUCUAGGAAACCAUACUACAUAACACUAGAACACUAGGAUUUUGUGUCUCAUCUUACUUUUUCUCAACUUGAACCUCAUGGACUAUUGAGCUCUCAUACCCACUUUCUGAAGCCAUCGGAUUUUGAGAUGGUUACAGUGAGGAAUGGUCAUUUGUCUUAUGAAUUCUUUUUACCUUUGUGAAUCUGUAGUGUUAGAUGGACACCAUUUUUAAUAUGAAUACUUAAAUUCUAUUUUAGGUGGAGAGUGACAAACGUUAUAUUUUUUGUAUUUACAGCUUGUAUGGAAUUUAUAACAGUGUGAUAUAUUUAUUUUAUUUUAUUUUUUAUUCAUGAAUGGAACAUGACUCAUCUUUUAUUUCUAAUAAUGCGCUUACUUCAUAUAUCAUUUGUUACUUUUCCCAUUUCACUUUUAUAUUUGUAAAAAAGGUAGCGGUCAAAUUUUCUUAUAACAUGACAAUCUAGCCUUUAAAAAACGUGAUGCAAGAACAGGGAUCUAGCAUUUAACAUCAAAACCAACUCCCCUAAAAAAUUUUAUUCAUGAGAAUCUAGAUGGUAUUAUUGUGAAUCUGAAUCAUAACCUUAUUUCUAAACCGAUUUUCGAGUUACUAAUCCCAUCAUAAGCUUAACGAAAGGCAAAUGCUUGCCUAUGUGUAUUGUGAAGGGUAUUGUUGCAAGUCUGAAUAAUAACUUUGUUGUAUCUAAUUCUGUCUAAUUUGAUAUUUUGAUUUACCAAUCCAAUCGUGAGCGUUAUUGAAAUGCAAAAACCUUCCUAUUUAAUUCAAGAUUUGAUGUCCCUUGGCUUCAUUGAAUUAUUUUCGCUGCAUUUAUCAGUUUUGGUCAUGUUUUUUCUGGUUUUGUUACUUUGGACCAUACUUCACCUACGUUAUACUUGCUGGGUGUCAUAUCAAGUGUUAGAUCCAAUGUAGUCCGAAGUUGAGCUUAUGAAACACUGGUAAUAAUUCACUAAACAAUGCUUUUAAUAAGAUGAGUAAGGUGGUAAUCCAUCACCUUUUUCCGUGGCAAGAAGAUGAGACAAAAUUUUAUAUUUAUUUAAUUUUUUUGCAAAAAAUAAAUUAAUUGUGCGUAAAGAACACACAUAUGUACACGUGAAGUGCCCCAAGUGCUCAUAUUGGGCGCUAUUUCUUGUCUUUAAUCGUAGAUAUAUUCGAGAGAGAGUGUGUGUGUGUGCAGAGGGAGAGCAUUGGGGCUGCAUAUACAUAUAUAAAUUUGCAAGAAAGAAAUUUGCGUACCUCUGAUUAUUUAUUUCAUCCGGACCUCAAUCAGGUGUUAGAAAUGGCCUCUUUUUUGUGUCUGACUUCGUUGAAUUUCCUGCUGAAUUCAGCGCCUGUACCGAUGGGAGUUGAGAUAUUGUCACAGUAUCCUGUUUUCUCCAUAUAGAAACAUCUGGGUUUGCUUGUUUGUGCGGGAGGAACCAUUAGCACCCAGAAAAUAGUGGACUCAUUUAUAAUCAUGCUCAAAUGGGCAUUUGCCACUUGUUGUCGAGCCGAGGAACCAGAAAUUGAGCUGGGAUAAUUCACUGACAAAAAUCUGCGGUCCCAAACUUCACUACUAGCUGUAGCUUAAGAAAAUACAUUUUUAUUCACUUAUGUCAUCAAGUUUUUUUCUCUCCUUUUGAAUAUAUGCAUAGCAAAUACAUAUGAAUAUUCUAAGGUGGUUUCUAUUUAAUCCGAACCUCUAUUGUUGUAUUUCUGUCAAUAGUCUUUGUUGACCACCCACUCAAUAGGUUAACCAUGGUAUACACAGCUUGUACCCAAAAUGAAGACAUGGGCAAACCAAACACCUUCUGUGUGUAGCUCACCAUCUCACCUCAAUGAUACUUUUGAGUACCAUGUGAGAAUCAUAAGUGAUCAUGGCUUCGAAGACAGAAUUAACUGGACUGGAUUAAAUUCAACCUGACUGAGACUAUGGGUUAGAGAUAAAAGUUCCCAGCCAUGGUUGUGUUUUUCUUUUCUAGUUUUCGCUUGGGAUGGCAGAACUUGAAAAGUAUGUGUAUUCAGAACAAUGAAACUCACAUGCCAUUUUAACAAGCGUCUGUAUGUUGGUUCUUGUGUUGAAAGUGUUUUUUUUUGUCGACUAUAAAAAAAUAUUGAAUCAGAGACUCUGCUCAUUGAGUCAUAUCAUAUUUUUUGUCAUAGUUGUUUCAGUUAGAAGUUUUUAAGCCAAGUUGUCUCCUAAUUUGCUAACCUAUAUAAUGGAGCUUGCAAUUUUGCAGCACUUUCGUUAUUUAUAGUAAAUUGAAUCGUGCCACGGAUCUUGUCUAUUUGCAGAGCACACUUGAAUUUCAGUUGAGGCUUCAGGAGUUUAUAGAACUGGUGCGGGUAGAUAGUAACAUGCAAGCUAUUGUAUAUGCCCGUAAACAUCUGGCAUUAUGGGCGGCUUCUCAUAUGAAAGAGUUACAGCGUGUGAUGGCGACAUUGGCCUUUAAAAGUAAUACAGAAUGUGCGACAUAUAAGGUAGGCUUCUUGGUCUGUUGUAUACUUGCACUUUCUUUUUAUUUAAUAAAGUUCAGCUCUAUUUAAAUUGUGGAGAAAUCAUAAUUUUUGUAAGUUAUGUGGAUUAACUGUCUUCUUUUUUUCUUUUUUUUAUAUUGAGGAAAUUAUCUAAGCAAAGUAUAUAUAGCAGAUGCAUUUGGUUCACGAAAUAAGUGGAUUCCACAAUGCCAUAAGCAUUUUGCAUGGUUAGGAAUUUUUGUGACACCUACAUCUCGUCCGUUUUGGCGUUAGAUAAAAUCUCAUACCUCCCAGAAUUUUACCUCUAUGGAAUGAUGAUAAUUUAUUUUACUCCCAGAAUUAUCGGGGGACACCCAAUUCUUUCAUGAACAGCAACUCUACUACAGCAUCCAUCAUUUGUCCAGACGAAACUUGAUAAUCUAGUCCGUCUUCUGGGCUGAUCUUGAUGUUGUUAAUGCUUGAUAGGCCUUGGCAAGUAAUAUCCCUUCAGAGAAGGUCAUGAAUGUUGUAUUCUAGUUGCUUUUUUUUUUCUUUUUCUUUGAUCAUCUGCUUUGAUCUUAUUGCUGUUGGGAAGGGUCAAAGAUUUGAAAGUUUGGUAAUCACCUGCUGUGCAAUACCUGCCGAUAGCUAGUGCCCCCUGAGGUGUUCUUAUUAAUCCGUUUUGGCGCUUGUGCCAAGUGACUCCAUUUUACUCUGGUGCUAUUAACUCGUUUUAGAGGGAAAGUGUUAUGGAUUUCUGAUGCCUUUAACUUGAAGAUUUUAUUAAGAGUCGGUGAUCUUCCUCGAUUUGAAAUUUUUCUCUCACCUGGCAGGUGCUGUUUGAACCGAAGCAAUGGGACUGUCUUGUCGAGUUGUUCAAGCAGGAGUUUUGCAAAUUAUAUGGGAUGACAUUGGAGCCAUUACUGAAUAUCUAUCUUCAAGCAGGCUUGACAGCACUGAAGACACCGUAUCCAUAUAAUUUUGAUUCGCUUCCAAUGGAUGAAUUUCCAUCUUUCUGGCCCAUUAAUCUGGUGUAGGCCUUCCUUCUCCAUGCUCCCUCCCUCGAGGGGAAUGUUUCUCUCUUGACGCAGCAAAAGGUUUUGCUACGAAGAAAAUUGUACCAAAGAGGACCCACUUUCGCAGGAGAGCUUCCGCAGAUUGGCAACAUCUCUGCCAUUCUCUAAGCAGCAGAAUUCGAAGCUCGUCUGUUACAUAACUAAGGAGCUCAUGGACACCGAGAAUCCCCCCCUCGUGUUGCCCAACGGCUACGUUUAUAGCACGAAGGUAUGAGCUUUGACAGAAUCCCUCCCUCACCUGUCCGUAAUAUCCGUAAAUUUCCAUGUUGUCGUCGUGGUGUGGGGGAGGGAGACCAUGAUGAUCAUCCCCUGCGCUCCUUCCUCCCGCAGGCCCUCGAAGACAUGGCCAAGAGGAACGAUGGCAAGAUCAUCUGUCCGAGGACGGGCUACGCUUGCAAUUUCAGCGAACUCAUCAAGGCCUUCAUCUCGUAA